AUGGUUGCCGCCGUCGGUAUCGACUUGGGCACGACCUACUCGUGUGUCGGUGUCUACCGAGAUGACCGCAUCGAGAUCAUUGCCAACGACCAGGGUAACCGAACCACACCUUCGUUCGUUGCCUUCACCGACACGGAGCGUCUGAUCGGAGAUGCCGCCAAGAACCAGGUCGCCAUGAACCCGGCCAACACCGUCUUCGAUGCGAAGCGUCUCAUCGGUCGCAAGUUUGCCGAUGCUGAGGUCCAGGCCGACAUGAAGCACUUCCCCUUCAAGGUCAUUGACAAGAGCAGCAAGCCUGUCAUCGAGGUCGAGUACAAGGGCGAGACCAAGACCUUCACACCUGAGGAGAUCUCCUCCAUGGUCCUCAUCAAGAUGCGCGAGACUGCUGAGGCAUACCUCGGUGGCAAUGUCACUAACGCAGUCAUCACCGUACCUGCCUACUUCAACGACUCGCAACGUCAGGCCACCAAGGAUGCCGGUCUGAUCUCUGGCCUCAACGUCCUCCGAAUCAUCAACGAGCCCACUGCUGCUGCCAUUGCCUAUGGUCUUGACAAGAAGAUCGAGGGCGAGCGCAACGUUCUCAUCUUCGACCUUGGUGGCGGUACCUUCGAUGUAUCGCUCCUUACCAUUGAGGAGGGUAUCUUCGAGGUGAAGUCCACCGCUGGUGACACUCACUUGGGUGGCGAGGACUUCGACAACCGCCUUGUCAACCACUUCGACCUGUCUUCCAACGCCCGUGCACUCCGACGUCUUCGCACCGCUUGCGAGCGGGCCAAGCGCACUCUUUCCUCGUCUGCCCAGACCUCCAUCGAGAUCGACUCCCUGUUCGAGGGUGUCGACUUCUACACGUCUAUCACCCGUGCCAGAUUCGAAGAGCUCUGCCAGGACCUGUUCCGAUCCACCAUUCAGCCCGUUGACCGAGUCCUGACCGAUGCCAAGAUCGACAAGUCUCAGGUCCACGAGAUCGUCCUUGUUGGCGGGUCCACUCGCAUUCCCCGCGUCCAGAAGCUGAUCACGGACUACUUCAACGGCAAGGAGCCCAACAAGUCGAUCAACCCCGACGAGGCUGUUGCCUACGGUGCUGCUGUCCAGGCUGCCAUCCUGUCUGGUGACACCAGCUCCAAGUCGACCAACGAGAUCCUCCUUCUCGACGUCGCCCCUCUGUCUCUCGGUAUCGAGACCGCUGGCGGUAUGAUGACCAAGCUCAUCCCUCGCAACACCACCAUCCCCACCAAGAAGUCCGAGGUCUUCUCCACCUUCUCUGACAACCAGCCUGGUGUCCUCAUCCAGGUCUACGAGGGUGAGCGCCAGCGCACCAAGGACAACAACCUAAUGGGCAAGUUCGAGCUUACUGGAAUCCCGCCUGCCCCUCGUGGUGUUCCCCAGAUCGAGGUCACCUUCGACCUUGAUGCCAACGGUAUCAUGAACGUCUCCGCUGUUGAGAAGGGUACUGGCAAGUCCAACAAGAUUGUCAUCACCAACGACAAGGGUCGCCUCUCGAAGGAGGAGAUCGAGCGCAUGCUUUCGGAGGCCGAGAAGUACAAGGAGGAGGAUGAGGCCGAGGGCAAACGCAUCGGUGCCAAGAACGGCCUCGAGUCCUACGCUUACUCGCUCCGCAACACCCUCUCCGACCCUAAGGUCGACGAGAAGCUUGACGCUGCCGACAAGGAGAAGCUGAAGGCUGAGAUCGACACUGUCGUCGCUUGGCUGGACGAGAGCCAGCAGGCUAGCCGCGAGGAGUACGAAGAGAAGCAGAAGGAGCUUGAGGGUAUCGCUAACCCCAUCAUGAUGAAGUUCUACGGUGGAGCUGGCGGUGAGGGUGGCAUGCCCGGUGGUAUGCCUGGAGGUCCUGGUGGCCCCGGCGGCUUCCCUGGUGCUGGCGGCCCCGCUGGUGGUGCCGGUGGUGACGAUGGUCCCACCGUCGAGGAGGUCGACUAA